GUUGUUGAACGCGAUGCUGGUUUCAGUUCCGGCCAGCCAAUUGACGGCAAGGGAAAAGGCGCUCCGAUCCUAGGUGGCACGAACAAACAGAUUGACCUCCAGAACCCCGACAACCUCGGACAGCAGAGUACAGAUAACGGCAUCGUCCCCAACCUCAAGUGGAGUUUCUCAGACUCCAAGACAAGGAUCCUGAACGGUGGCUGGGUCAGAGAACAGGUCGUCACAGAUCUGCCGUCGAGUCAUGAUCUGUCUGCCGCGCAACAACACCUGACCAAAGGGUCUAUCCGCGAGCUUCACUGGCAUAAAGUAGCUGAGUGGGGAUAUGUAUACGCUGGUUCAGUGCUUGUUUCAGCUGUCGAUGAGAAUGGCCAAUACCAGGUCUCUAAGUUGGAAAUUGGAGACGUUUGGUACUUCCCCAAGGGCGAGGCUCAUACAAUUCAGGGCCUAGAGGACGAAAAUGAGUUCCUUUUGGUAUUUGACGAGACCAAUUUCGAUGCUGUUGGGACAACAUUCAAUAUUGAUGACUGGUUGGCUCACACGCCAAAGUCCAUCAUUGCGAAGAGUCUUGGAGUCGAUGAAUCCGUUCUUGGCUCGCUUCCAAGCACGAAUCCGUACAUCUUGAACGCCACCAUUGGCGACCUGAAUGUUACCGGGCCCUACGGUGAAUUAUCUGGCAACAAUUCCUAUGUGUAUUUCGCCAAGGAUCAUGAGGACGAGAACAUACCAGGAGGUGGUGGCAGCAUUCGAAUCAUUGACACCAAGACGUUUCCCAUCGCCAAGACGAUUGCCGCAGCAGUUGUCACUCUGCAACCUGGAGCAAUUAGAGAAUUGCACUGGCACCCUAAUGCCGAAGAGUGGCUCUACUUCCACAAAGGCAAAGGGCGAGGAACAGCGUUCAUUGGCAACGGUAACGCUAGAACAUUUGACUUCUCAGCCGGCGAUGCUGCAGUAUUCCCUGACAACUCCGGUCACUAUGUCGAAAACACUGGAGAUGAAGACCUCGUUUGGAUCGAGCUUUACAAAUCCGAUCGCGUGAAGGACAUCAGUCUUGCCCAAUGGCUUGCGCUUACUCCACCAGGCAUUGUAUCAAGCGUUCUGAAGAUUCCCGUUGAGGUUGCGGAGUCAUUGAAGAAGGAAAAGCAAUUGAUCGUCGCUUAAAAUAUGAUCGCUAUUCGGGGAAGACUCGACGACACUCAUGGAAUACAUACCAUUCAUGAUAACUCAAAAAUAAUAACUUCGACUAUAAAUUUUAAUCACCCUAAUCAAAGACGCCAUUAGCGAUUCGGUCGAGGUAUCGUAUUUGAUACAGAGGGGACAUAAGGUGACCAAGAG